UUGCAGGUAACAAAUGCAUUCGACAGAAUAGGUGUCAAUCCGCAGGGACUUAUUGUCACCACAAGCUUCUGGCCUUAUCCGGCAUUUAUUGUUAGCGAUAUAAACAUUGCGAAAGCAAACUACAUCAAAGGAAAGUAUUUUUAUAGGCUUGGUGAGAAUACGCUCAAACUCAAAUGCAUAGCAAAGGACGCUACAACUUGUGUUAAUAAGGCUAACUACCACACUUUUCAAGAUAAGGCAACGCUAACGGUCGAUAUCCUGAAUGUGAUAAAUGAAAGUGAUCGGCAGAGGCUCGGUACAGAAAUUCAAAAAUAUCUAGAAACCAAUUAUGUGGUGUUCACUGCACCCGUCCAGCUGCUGCAACCCAUGUAUACUCAGUACAGCGGAAUCUCACCUCAGCAGCUCCCUUACCAAAGAAUCUAUCCGGAUCCAUGA